AUGUUGCCAUUCCCUACAUUUCUAGUGCUCCUAUACAUAUCCAUAUCAUAUGUAGUACCAUUAUAUGCAACUUCACGACCGGAAAGUUCAAAACGAGAUAAUCCUCGAACCAUUAAAUCUCGGAUGGUGAAACUAACGUUUAUGCUGAUUUCCAAUCUCUUUUUGGUGCCUUUUUUACACUCUCAAUUAUCUGGUACCACUUCACACGUAAGUUUCAAAGAUGCGUUUUUCAGUUUAGGCAUCAUACCUGGUUAUUACUGUGCAUUACCAUAUCCUUGGCAUUUCGGCCAGUUUGUGAAAGAUGUAACCAAGUGCAUUAUAAUGAUUAUGACGCUAUAUUGUGGGCCUGUAUUAGAUUUUAUAUUAUACCAUAUAUUGAAUCCAAAGAGCUCAAUUCUCGAGGAUUUUUACCAUGAAUUCCUAAACAUUUGGAGCUUCAGGAAUUUUAUAUUUGCACCAAUAACUGAGGAAAUAUUUUAUACAUCAAUGCUCUUAACGACCUACUUAAGCCUAGUACCACGCUCACAACUGAACUACCAGCAGUUGUAUUGGCAACCUUCACUGUUUUUUGGGCUCGCACACGCACAUCAUGCCUAUGAGCAAUUCCAGGACGGCUCCAUGACAACAAUUUCCAUUUUGCUCACUACAUGCUUUCAAAUUUUAUACACAACUCUUUUUGGUGCUUUAACCAAGUUUGUAUUCGUAAGAACAGGGGGGAACCUAUGGUGCUGCAUAAUCCUACAUGCCCUGUGCAAUCUCAUGGGUUUUCCUGGUCCGUCAAGAUUAAACUUACAUUUCACCGUAAUUGACAAGAAAACUGGACGUACUUCCAAAUUGAUUUCUAUCUGGAAUAAAUGCUAUUACGCAUUGUUGUUCGUUGGUGUAAUAUCCUUGAAGGAUACCCUACAAAAUUUGGUCGGGACUCCUGGCUACAGAAUAACACUAUAG